GCCGAAAGCUCGUGUCUGAACCGAGUUCCGAUCAGUCGACUGCCGACCUCUCGUUCGGCGUGGUUGUGCCGUCUCCCCAAUUGUUUAUUUCACGUCGGUUUCCAUUCACAUUUUUCUCAUUCUUCCUUUUUUCGAGUUGUUGUGUGUCGGUUUCGAGCGCAUGACCGGGAAAAAUUAAAUCGAGCCAAAGGAAAUCGCAUCGUCGACCGUUUCGUGUCUUUUUCUUUUUGUUGUUGUUGUGGUGCAUCACAUUUCUUAGAGAAAGAAAAGAAAAAAGAAGAAGAAAAGAAAAACACCAACCUGGUUGAUUUGUUUCGUUUGAUCGCCGUUGGAACUCCCGGCCCUCUUCUCUACCAAAGCGUUUCGUCAACCAGCCCAACAGGAGUUUGUGCAUAAUGAGCGACAUGAAGAGGCUCUUCUACGUGUGGUUCCUCGGCGCCAAAGAAUGCCGCGGAUUGCGUGGCGACGAAUUCGUUCGGCCCAUCGUCCGGUACUUCCAGCGCAAGGAGGAAGAAUGCGAGCCGUCCAAAGUGACGCUGCAAAUUUCGGCGAAAGGAAUUAAAUUGGUUGCCGAUUCCCUUCGUCAUUUUGUGCCCAGUCAUGCCGUCACUUACGUCAGUCAGGGGGCUCCGCCCGACGAUGACAUCGUCUCCGUCAUUUUGCUCCUGUACAAUCCGAUUACCAAGUGCCCGGUUCACUUGCACGCCUACCGCUGCGACUCGGUCGAGACGGCCGACCUCCUGUCGGAGCAGUUCCAGCUGCUCGUCGACCUGCCGGAGAACCAGCGCAAGAUCCGCGAUCUGGAGCAGCGACUCCAGUCGCAGGGACUCUACCCCAGCGCUAGCCAGAACCAGUCGAGAAUGCUCAUCAAAUCGUGCGAUACCGGAUUGGGUGGAUCCAGCGGAGAUCUACUUGCCGGCCACAGUGAUUCAUCCAGUGACGACGUCGCCUCAAAUGACGUCUGCAAGUCAGCGGCGGAUCUGCAACGUCCCAUUCCGCUUCAAUCCGAUCCGGCCAUCUCCAAAAACGACCAGGAACGUAUUGCCCGUCUCUACGAUUCACUGGCCGCUGAGCUGCGCGACAAGCUGGGUGGCGCCAUGUCCGGCAAAGCUGCUCCACUCCUUCUGCCUCCGAAGGACUACGAGACGCAACAGCCGGAAUCGGGUCGACCGUUGGCCAAGAAUCCAGCGGUUCAAUCCAACAACAAUCGGGCCGGUCGCGCAGUCGUCCGAGGCAACAAGCAAACGGACAACGGGUCGUCGAGCGGACUCUCUAGUGGAAUCGGAUCCGAUCUGGACGAUCCGGUGGCUGAACGUUCCAGGAAUCGCGAAUGGAUGCGAUCGACCGCCGUUAGCAGUCAGCAACAACAACAACAACAGCAGCAACAACAACAACAACCCGACAAUCGACAACAACAGCAACUUCAACAGGCUCGCCAGCGUUACAGCUAUCAUGAUUCCAACAGCAACAACAACAACCUUAUGCAGCAGCAGCAACAACAGCACCAGUACCAACAACAACAGCAGCAGCAGCAACAGCAGCAGCAGCAUCAAGAAGUCCGGCGUCGAGAGCCCGUCAUGCGUCAGAUGUCAGAGCGGCGUGACACGGCCACUUUAUUGAACCGGCGCUCCAUGUCAGAUUUGCGCCGCCAGGAAGAGUCGGCCGUCAUGAUCCGCCGGAGAGAAGAAAGCUGCCGUGACAUUCGUGCAAGUAACGCCGAGCUGAACCGUAGCCGGGCCGAUUUCCAGCAACUUUUAUUGGCUGAUGGGAACCGGAGUCGGGUCAAGGAAGCUCUCUCCAAAUUUGAGAGCCGAGAUCACCAGCAACACGAGCACGUCAAGGCCGUUCACGCCAGUUCACGCAGUCGCUCUUUCCGCGACGACCAGCCGUCUCAAGGCUGGAACGCGGGAUUCAAGUACCGCCGCCAGCCGUCGGCUCUCGUCGAUGGCUAUCAAGAGCUGGACCAGAGAGAACGCUUUCCAGGUCUCGACAGAGAAACGGCCCGCGUCCUCGAGCCACUCCACGGACCGAUGGGCGGCAUGUCGCAUCAUCAACAGCAGCAGCAGCAACGUCACUUGCAGCGCCACAAAUCGUCGGAAUUUGUCUCGAUGAUCAAACGUGGCGGUCCGAACGAGUCCGGAACCGUCGUCGUCGUCGAGCCUACCCAAAAAGUGGGCAAUCGACACUUCCGCGCCGUCCGCCAACCCAACUGACGCGACGAUUUUCAAUUGUGAUUUCUUUUCUUUUCAUUUCUUAUUUUUUCUUUUGGGUUUUUUUUUUAUAUUCAUUUUCUUUUCAAUCGGAAAAAACCUUUGGGUCCUUCUCGUCCGCCCCUCCAAAAAUAUGUUUCCGUUGCAAUCAAACGGAAUGACCGUCAGAUUGACUUCUAAUGGCCUUCACAUGCCUCAGUGUGAAUAGAAGAAUGGGAGAAUUAUAGAAAGAGAAAAGCGACUAAAAGGCUACCGAAAAUCGCGUUUUGUUUGUUAAUGGUGGCCGAUAGAGGACGACGACGAGUGCGGCACUACGGUUGCAUUGUUUCGCUGCUGCCGCCGCGCAGCCGAAUGAAAAUGUUUCGUCUGAUUGCCUUUUGAUUUCGUAGUUCGUACACGGGAAGAAAAUGCAAGAAAAGAGAAAAAGCUAGAUAAUGAUAAUAAUAAACAAUAAAAUACAAAAAAAAAAAAGACGCAUCAGCAGAAAAAAAGGACCCGGAACACUUUUUUUUUUCUAGAGAGUCCGCGCUACAUUUUUUAAUAAUCAUUUUAUCUUUACCUCUUUGUAUUUUUUGGUAUUUCUUUUUUCAAUUUAUUUCUUCUUGUUCUUGGCUCUUCUGUCCCAUUUGUUUUUCCUAUUCUUCUUCCACCCAGUGAAGCAAAGAACCUGGAGUGGUACGAAAGUAAACAAGAGAGUGUUGCAAAGUAGUAAAACUUUCAGUUGCUAUUUUGUGUGUGUCUUAGUGUGCGUGUGUAAGUGUGUGUGUGUUCCCCACCCCCUCAUCUCCAAUUCCCUCCCCUUUAUUCCUCCCUUUUUAUCCCGUAACGCAAUUGCUCGUGACUGAUGUGAAUGUGACCUUUUUGAAUAUAUAUAUACAGUAAAUA